AUGGCUGCCACUGUUGUCGCUGCGGUGGACAGUGUGUCGUCAUCGGAGGACCCAGUACCACUAAGAGUCGUCGGUGACAGUCACCGUCGGGCUCGGGCUCGGGCUCGGGCUCGGUCUCGGUCUCGAUCUAGGUCUCGAUCUAGUGCCAAUGGCCGAGAUAUACUUGCUGCAAAACGACCGAGAAGGUCCUCCGAGUCCUCCUCAUCUAUACUCAAAUCCAACACUCCCCGGCAAAAGAUUACCCGGGCCUGCGAUCAUUGCAAGGAAAAGAAGACUCGCUGUACGGGAACCAUUCCCUGCGUAAGGUGUACCCGGCUGUCGCUGGUAUGCGAAUACAAUGCCGCCUACUCACGAGGUCUUCCCCCCGAGCCCCUGCCUGCUUCAUCUGGCGAGCAGCUCGGAGACACUCAUGCGGUCCACGGUCCGAGAACACGGCGCUCACAUCCAACCGCACACUCAUUGUCACGCAUUGGAUCGGCCUCUCACCAAGAUGUGUAUGAUCGCAACCGCAGCAACAAUAACAACAUCUCUCAGCGCAACUCACCGGACCCCGCCGUGACCGAUCUGGAAGGUAACUAUCUAGGACCGGCCUCAGGCUUGUCCUUCCUCAAUCGCGUCUGGCGUCGUUUACAUCAGGAUGAGAAACGAGCGGUUCCCGAUGCACUACAGAAUGAAUCUCCAUCCAAGAAUACCUCGGUGUUCAAGUUUGGGGAUAAACCGUACGCGGCCCAUCGCGACGUUGGAUCCACACUGCCCCCGUAUGAGAAGGCUCGGGAGCUGGUCAAUACCUACUUCGACUUGUCCAUGGUCACAUAUCGGUUCUUGCAUCGCGGGAGUGUGGAUCAAUGGCUGCAGCAGGUGUAUGAAUGUAAUCAUUCUGUGUCCAACCCCCCAACGGGGCGCAUGGUAGCGCGAAUAGCCAUAAUCUUCAUGAUCUUCGCUGUGGGCACUUUGUACGAGGAGCAAGACCCAGAUAGUCAGAUAGAUAGACAGCAUGGAAGCGAGCAGUGGUAUGCGGCCUCCAAAUCUAUGACCGCCCUGGAGUCUGGAGCUCCGCGUCUGGAAUCAGUGCAGGCGCGACUGGGCCAAUGUUUCUAUCUACUCUCUUCCUCCAGGGCCAACGAGUGCUGGUACUCCUUCGGGACAGCCCUCCAGCUGGUGACGGCGCUGGGUUUGCACCGACGGCACCGAGGCAAAGUCCCCCGCGAUGGCAAUUCCUAUCUCGACCGGGAGCUUCGGAAGCGCCUGUUCUGGAGCACUUAUACUUUGGAUAAAUAUCUCAGCGUCAUGUUUGGGAGGCCUCGUCUGCUUCAUGAUGAGGACAUUGAUCAUGAGCUGCCUGAUGAAGUCCACGAUGAAGACAUGUUGGAAGAAUAUUCAUCGACCAGACCAGGGGUUGGGGAUUGUAUGAUGACCGCCUCCCUUCUCCACUAUAGACUGGGUCGUAUUCUUGGUGAGAUCUCGCGACAGUUGUAUACAAUCAGCCCUCUAUCGCGAGAUGCGUCACUUGAGACGGUUGUACGCCUCAUGACGAAGCUUGAAAACUGGAAAGCAGCCACCCCUCCACUUUUCAAUAGUGUUCGGGCCACGAGCCUGAUCCCUCCACUAUGUAGGCAGAGUCAGGUUCUGCAGUUGGCUUACUCACACGCGGUGAUUCAUACGACCCGGUCGUUUCUGCUGAACGAUUUUACGGAUCUGAACCGCACGCCACAGAUCCCCCAUCCUACGGUGACUCACCACGUGCUCAAGUGCAUCGAGGCUGCCGAGCAAGCCAUGGGGUUAGUGGAUAGCUUAGCGAAACAAAGGGUCCUGAUACAAUCGUUCUGGUUUACCCACUACGUGUGCUUCUGCGCCAUCAUUGUGGUGUACAUAUAUACAAUCCAACAGCAUCGAUUAUCUACUACCUUUGGGAUAUCCUCCCCCGGGAUCGAGGAUGUCCACCAUCUCUACUCCCUUUUCAGCCUGGCGGAAACCUGCCAGCAGCAUCUGGCAGAGGCCACCCGGAGGAAUUCACCCAGUCGUCGCUACAGCAUCAUUCUGGAAGAGCUGAGGCGAGAAGUCCGUAGGCGGAUUGGCUCAUCCAGCGAUACCUCCGAGGGGUUUCGCGCUGUCUUCUUUCAGGGCCAGAAUCCAAGCACACUGGCGGAGCAAGGACAGUUGAGCCUGACUAGUAUAUAUACUUCUGGACCCCUGGAGGCUGGCUCCUAUGAUUAUCCGAGUGGACUACCGCUGACCAAUUUCACACCGUCGCCUUUGGAGUCGGAGAUAGACCUGAGUUUUCUGGAUAGCUUGGACGGUUCACUCCUGUGGACGCAGAUUGACUCCUGGGCAUUCACAAAUCUGAGUAACGAUCCGCCGACAUUCCCUAUGUAG